UACGUGUAUCCCCCUGCUUCUCCCGGGAGUAUAAAUGACUCCGGUCUACCUUCCACGGAGUCACAGAACUGAGCGGCAUCGCAGAAGCCGACAUGAAUCUUUUGAUCGCGUGUAUGAUCAUCGGUCUGGCAGGGUUCGCCCUGGCCGAGCCGCCUGUGUCCGGCGGCUACAGCUACAGCAGACCGACCGGUGGCUACUCCUUCGGCGGCGGCGGCGGCGGCGGUGGUUUCGGCAUCGGUGGCGGCGGCGGGGGUUACACCCAGGUGUCCACCGGCUAUCAGACCAGCGAAGGCGCGUCCGUGGACGGAGCUCUGCUCGAGCAGAUCCGGCAGAUCCUCCUGAAAGAAGAGCUCCAGUCCCAACAGACCGGCGGGUUCGGUAUAGGCGGAGGAUACGCGCCCAGCUCUAGCUACGGUGCCCCGUCCCCGCAAUAUGGCGCCCCGAGCACGUCCUACGGUGUGCCGACCUACCAGACCCGCGUCGUGGGGAUCGAUCUCGAGGGUAUCAGGCAGGCCAUCCAGGUGGCCCAGUUCAACCAGGUGAGCCAAGGCCCCGGAGGUUACCCCAGUGGACCCAGCACCAGCUACGGAACGCCCAACAGGCCGCCGACCGGUAGCUACGGUGCGCCGUACUAAGCAGUCAUCUUGGGUUGCAUGACGAUGAGAGAGAGAGAGAGAGAGAGAGAGAGAGAGAGAGAGAGAGAGAGAGAGAGAGAGAGAGAGAGAGAGAGAGAGAGAGAGAGAGAGAGAGAGAGAGAGAGAGAGGGAGAGAAAGGGAGAGAGAGAAUGGAAGAGAAGCAAAGACGGAGGAAGCAAAGAAAGAAGAGGAGCAGGAGGAAGAGUCGAUAAUGGCACCAGUCGGCGACAACGACUAUCUUUCGAGACGCGUACAAUAAAUACCGAAGCAACGAGGAUCGCGCGAGGAGAUUGACGAAAAUCUUCACUACACCCUACACGACGGAGAACGACGGAUCGGUUUCUCUCUCUCGAAGUGAGCACAUUUCUCCGACGCAGCUCGGAAGGUCGUCGAGGUCGGGGUGAAAUUGUCGCGCCUCACGAAGAUGGACCGAAUAAUUGAGGACCGUCCGAGGAGCAGCCACGGGUCGUCGAAGGCUCUUACGUAUUCUUCGCGAGUUCAAGUCGCGUCCCCCAGCCGGCAGACGAGCCGAGAUGGCACCGGGAACCGAGAUCCUCGGGACGGCGCCUGAGCCGUUGAAGAUCAAAAAUAGUCGUCGCUUCAACGGGUCAGGGUCCCCCGGGGUCCGCCGAAAGAUACCGCCGGCGUUUCCCUCCGGGCCCUCGAUUUGUCGGGGAUCCAACGGUCGUCGCUUCGACAAGCCGAGGCCCGCGAGAGUGAACGUGGCCAGUUUUUUCUUCUUCUCCCUUUUUUUUCCAUUUUCACCGACCCGGACGGUCGCUCGAAGAAAUCACCCUGAGGAGAGCCGGCGUGGUGCCGAAGUCUAAUCGUACCAAAAUCGCAUCUAUCGCCGCGGGCUCGCGCCCGCGCACGGGUUCGAGGAUCAGUGAUAUCUCAAGAAGAGGCAAAGUCGCAGUCGCUGAUGCAGAUACACUUCACACAGCCGGCGACCGCGCGCGCUCGGGCGCGGGCUCGCCGGCGACAUUCAGAGGACGACGGAGGAACGGCAAAAGGACGAGGAGGAGGAGGAGGAGGACGAAGAGGUCCACAAGCCGAAGACGUGAUCGGCGCGUUCAGCGCCUUGUAAAUAAAGUUCUAUCGCUGCCGCGCGGCGUCCGCUGCGUAAUCCCGACUUGGUCGUUUCAACGGAACAGCCGAGGACCUCCGCACCGGCGAGAACUCACCGGGCUCUGCUAAAUCGCCGAAAGGAGAGAGAGAGAGCUCCUUCCUCAUCCGUUUCCUUCGAACGAGCUGAUGGAGGACCGCGCGUGCGCGCGCGUAUCUCGGAGUCGAUCUCGUACAAGAUAUCGAUUCCCAUCUGUCUCCGUGAGGUCAUCAUCAGGAGUAUACCAGCAGGGCGGAGAAGCGACUCGGAGGAGGGAUUACGGGGCGGACGCCGUCGAGUCGAGCCAACACGUACACACACGAAGCCACGAAUACA